CAAGCUUGAAAAUCAUUCUUUCUUUUGGAAGGUGAAUUAUAAGACGUAAGGAUAGAAUGGUUUCUGUUAUUUAAUUGUUAUGGUGUUCAUGAAUAAUUCUUGUUUUAUGACUUGACAUUUUGACAUUCAAGACCUGUUGUUUAUGACAUGUGUUCUGUUCUGUUCUUAUAGUUGGAUUUAGAAAUAUUAGUUAUGGAUUUAUGUACAAUGCUAAACCAUAAUUCAAAUAUUAGUUAAAAAGAAGAAAAUCCUCAUAUCCUCAAAUAGUUUGACAACCAUUUUUAAAAUUGUGUCUGUGAGGCUAUAAAUUUUUUAGUUGAAUUUCUUGAGGUGUUUUUCAUUGAAAUGUGUCAAAUGUGUACAAAGUAAAAUAUUUUUGGAAAAUAUUCUGAAAUGUAUCCUGAUGCUAGUAUGACUAUUGUUUCUUUAUCACGACCAAAAACAGUGGGUUACCGUGACAACCAACCAAAAUUACUACGUCAUUCUUCAUUACGGAAUAUCUAUGGUAGAAAGUGCCCUAUAACUUUACUUGGUGAAAAGGAGUAUCUAGGAUUUAAACAAUCCAGACCUUAUUCUGCUGCUACUUUUUUCAGUUCUUCCAGUUCACCAUCUGUACCAUAUUCUACAGCAGAUAUUCUUUACAAUGGUGAAACUACAAGGUCUUCUAUAACAGAUGAUUAUAGUCCUAAUGAUCUAGUCUACUCAGAUAAAGUCUCUGGACGAUUAAAAGAAAAUAAUGAUAACAGAAGACCUAAUAGUAGAAAUACGUCAAGACGAUCUAUUUCAUUAGAAAAGGUCAGUAUUAAUGGAGAUAGGGAAGAUUUACAACCGAUCAAAACCACCACAAUAUCUAAACAGAACCAUUUCCGACCUACUGGUAUUCGACAGUCAUAUUUACGUGGUGAACAAUUUUACAGUAAUAACAAUUCACCUUCUAAAACUGGUUCAAAUUCUUCAACAGGCAAUGGUGGAGUGCAAAAGGACGAUUUAGUUGCUAUGGGUACAUUAUGGAAUCCUAAUGCCCCUAGAAGUAAUGGUGUUGCAGUGAGUAAUAGUAAACAGUAUCCUAACAGUGGUUCAAAUAAUCUGCCUCCUCGUCGUGGAGGACCAUCUACCUCAAGAUUUGCAAUGGGUGCUGGUUCUUCCAGACAGCCUGCCAGAGAUGUAGAGCCUAAAUACACAGACCCAGCCAUUGGUGCAACAAACUCUUUUCAACAACGUUUAAUAGACUUAUCUGCCCUUGAAGCAGACACUGUUCGGUGGGAACGAAGUAAAAAAGUCAAAAAGAAGCCAAAGCAAGAUCGUGACUCUUGAACACUGUGAU